GAAACUAAAACUCCUGAAGAAGAGUUGAAAACCGUCUCUGUGAAAAACUUCAAGUAUUAGGCUGUGUCCGAAAUGGCCUACUACUCCUACUACUCCUACUAAACCCGCCUCUGAAUUGAGUAGGCAGUGCGUUCACACUGUACAGUAUGCGAAUUUUGUGUAUGCGAGAAAUGCCCGGAUGUAUACUCAAUUGGCUUCGAUUUCUGAGUGUGCAACGGAGCUUGCUUCACGUACUGCUUCUGCCCCACAAUGCAUUGCGCACCUCAGCUGGUAAUAUGGCCCUCCUUCCCGAGGCUGAAAAGAAAUAGAUGGCACGUGAUUGCAAUAAUAUAUAUAUAUAGAUAAACAAUAUUUAGUCAGUAUACAUUACACAAUUUUUAUCAUUUUAUCAUAUUUUGAUCUUUUUACCAGAUUUAUUUGUAUUUUAAAUUAGGAUUAUAGGUAAUGUUUUUAACUAUUCGUAUAAAUUGACUUUAUUUAUUUUAGUGUCUAUUAAAGAUGUAUUUAUUACAUCAAGUUUGAGCAUCUUCUCAUCUCUGAAUGCAUCAUCAAAGUGGUCGCUCAUAUUAAGCACAGACCUCUGAUUAAUAAAAAUUAUCUUUGGUAGAGAGCACAUGGUUCAGAAUAUACAAACGGGGGAGUUUCCAGUUGACAAUCUAUGUGAGCUUUACUAAUUCUUACUUGUGGUUGAAAAUCUGAUGGUUUCUGAAAUGAUCAUUGUACAUGAAAAGGAUGUAGUCGGGAAAUUAUGAAUUUGCCAAGGAAUAACCGAACGAGGUCAUAAUAAUUAUGUUUUGUGUUGGUCAUUUUGCAGCCCUCUGCUGCUCAUCACACGCCUAGCAGGUGGUGUAUAGCAUUAUCACCAUGGAUACACAGAUGUUUGUGUGAUUUUUUUCAUCCACUGCCGCCCGGUUUGUGUCGUGUAGAUGGUGAUGAUGAAAACACUUUGCAAUAAUUUGGAAACGUGAAGGGGGAGCUGCUGCUGCCCGGUGUUUACGGUAAAUAGACGCCAACACCCACCAAGCGGACGCUUCGGUCUCCGAAAACGCCGAGACAAAUUUACAAACAGCCACUAUUUCAAACAACUGGGCUCAUAAUCGUGAUGUAAACACAUACUUUCUCGCUAGAAAAAUAUUAUUAUUGAAUGAAUUUAUAUAAUUUGUCCGGAAUGCAGUUGUUCUGUGUAGCUUGUGGUAGGACUAUUUAAAUUUUCCCGGCGCUGCGUCCGGCCGGCACGAAAUGCAUUCUGGGGUAUUUAGUAUGUAUGUGUGUAAACGCUCGGGCAGCCGCGGCAUACUCAAAUCAGCUUUGAGUAGUCAGUAGGCAGUAGCUACUGCUUGAGUAGGUAAGUAGAUAGUAGGCAGUAUGCCAUUUCGGACACAGCCUUAGUGUCACAGUCUGUCCCAGUUCACCUGCUGUCUGCACCAUGUCGUCCUCAGACCUGGGCCGGGCGCUCUGCAUUAUCACCGGGGCCUCCAGAGGCUUCGGCCGGGCUGUAGCGGUGCAGCUGUCCCGGUUGAUGAAGCCCGGCUCGGUGUUCGUGCUGACGGCUCGCUCCGGGGACGACCUCCGGGCUCUACAAGAGGAGCUGUCCGGGUCAGAGGCAGGUAAAGCCGGAUUGAGGGCUGUGUGUGUGGUGACAGAUCUGGGACAGAAGGAAGGACCGGAGAGCAUCGUGAAGGCUGCUGUAGAGGCUUCUACUGAGGAGAUAGAUCACAUCAUACUGAUCAACAACGCAGGUAAGAGGACCUCCUGUUGGGCUAAUGGACUGAAGGUGAAAAAAAUAUAUUAGUAUUCCACUCAGUGUAAGUCGAUAGGGGAGACCAGAGUAAGAUUCAACACGUUGCAUUUCUUCUCUUUGUUAAAAAGUUAUGGUGGCCGAGAACUGCCACUGCUGCGAAUAAAAAAGAAUGCAAAAAAAAAAGAGAAGCCACAACGGAAGUUACCAAUAUAAAAAAUAAAAGAAACCAAAGCCCACUGCUAGGCCUGUCAUGAUAACACAUUUUGCUGGACGAUAAUUGUGCUACAAAUUAUUGCCAAUAAACGAUAUUAUUGACGCCUUUUUUUAAAUUAUAGAUAAUGAUAAUAUAUGGUAUAAUAAUGCGAGAACACCAUGUCAAAAGCGAUAAACUUUAAUCGCUCAAGAUUAAGAACUUUGAACUAGGAUGAACAAAUAUAAUAAACAAACAAGACAACCAAAAAGCAAUGAAAGUACUAGGGCCCCGUUGGGGCACUGGCGGGCCCGAGCGGUGUCGCGCCGCCCCCAGCGCGACCGCCUACCCCUCCCGAUCGCGUCACACUCAAGGUCCAAAGAUGGUGUGCGCACUUGUCUGUGGUCAUUUACCAUUAUAAUGAAUGGGAGGCGCAGUUUCUACCAAAACGCUCGCUGCAGACAAACUCCAUGUCCUUUUUGAAAAAAGUCUGGACCAUGAGUGAGGGCACAAACACAGCUAGUAUAUAUCCAAAUGGCAAGUUGCUCCUCCUUUCGGUUUUGCCGAGAGAGCGAUGCGUUUGAGCCAUUGAGCGAUGGGCAGGAAAAACUUGACUUUUUCUCCUGCCAUGGGGGGGCGCUCUUUUGGGGAGAAAAAAUUCCUUCACAAAUGUGUUGAUGGCUGGACAUUGCAUCAUCCUAGAAAACUUGGAGGCCAGUGAGGACAAAAAUAAAAAGUUAUAAGACUUUUAAAAAUGUGGAUAUUUGGGUCCUCUUUGGCGCCCCCUAGAACGUAAACUGUGGGGUGCAGCGUCAUGAUUUGUACAACUUUGAAUGGCCAUGGGGUGUAGAUUGACCUGAGCAAAUUUGAAGCCGACGGGACAAAAGAUUUAGGAGGAGUUAGCCACAUUCCAAUGUGUGCGAAUCGGCAAAAAAUGCGAAAUAGCCCUUUAACCGUACAUUGAACAGAUACGCUCGCAUUGACUUUUUCGUAGAUCUUAUUGAGAUACAUGUGUGUGUCAAAUUUUGUGUCAUUUUGACAAAGCGUAAAGGCGUGACAGUCAACAAUGUGUAUUUUCGCCUUAGGAGACAAGAAAAAAUGGACUUUUUUCUCCUGCCAUGGGGGGGCGCUCUUUUGGCGAGUAAAAAUUCCUUCACAAAUGUGUUGAUGGCUGGACAUUGCAUCAUCCUAGAGAACUUGGAGGCCAGUGAGGACAAAAAUAAAAAGUUAUAAGACUUUUAAGACUGUGGAUUUUUGGGUUAUCUUUGGCGCCCCCUAGAACGUAAACCGUGGGGUGCAGCGUCAUGAUUUGUACAACUUUUAAUGGCCAUGGGGUGUAGAUUGGCCUGAGCAAAUGUGGUGCCUUUGGAACGAAAGCCUUCGGAGGAGUUAGCGAAAUUCCAAUGUGUGCGGAUCGGCAAAAAAUGCGAAAUAGCCCUUUAACCGUACAUUUGACAGAUACGCUCGCACUGACUUUUUUGUAGAUCUUAUUGAGAUACAUGUGUGUGUCAAUUUUUGUGUCAAUAUGACAAAGCGUAAAGGCGUGACAGUCAAUAGUGUGAAUUUUCGCCUUAGGAGACAAGAAAAAAUGGACUUUUUUCUCCUGCCAUGGGGGGCGCUCUUUUGGCGAGUAAAAAUUCCUUCACAAACGUGUUGAUGGCUGGACAUUGCAUCAUCCUAGAGAACUUGGAGGCCAGUGAGGACAAAAAUAAAAAGUUAUAAGACUUUUAAGACUGUGGAUUUUUGGGUUAUCUUUGGCGCCCCCUAGAACGUAAACCGUGGGGUGCAGCGUCAUGAUUUGUACAACUUUUAAUGGCCAUGGGGUGUAGAUUGGCCUGAGCAAAUGUGGUGCCGGUGGAACGAAAGCCUUCGGAGGAGUUAGCGAAAUUCCAAUGUGUGCGGAUCGGCAAAAAAUGCGAAAUAACCCUUUAACCGUACAUUUGACAGAUACGCUCGCACUGACUUUUUUGUAGAUCUUAUUGAGAUACAUGUGUGUGUCAAUUUUUGUGUCAAUAUGACAAAGCGUAAAGGCGUGACAGUCAAUAGUGUGAAUUUUCACCUUAGGGGGCGCUAUGGAGCCAUUUUGCAUUUUAUUGUUUGGGCGACUUCAGAAUAUCGAAUUUUUCACCAGGCCCAUUCGUCCUGCCAAAUUUCAUGAGUUUUCGCCAGUGGGAAGUGGGCCAUUUUCCCCUUCAAAGGGGAGGAAAAAUAAGAAGAAAGAAAGAAAGAAAGAAAGAAAGAAAGAAGAAAGAAAAACCUAUACAGGAAUAAUAGGGCUCUACGCCCGGCUGCUCUGCAGCUGGCUCGGGCCCUAAUAAUGGACCCACAUUCUGUUUUAUCAAAAACUGCAUUCAAAUAAAAACCACAAUCACAACUACAAACAAUAAAAAAGACCUUGUCUCUGGUACGGAACAAAAACUUCACUCCACACAUGACUAUCUAAACAUUAAAAAAUAUGGAGUCUCGGGUCAGUAAACAAAAUUGCACUAAAUAAUUAGCUUUGGGUGCUAUUCCUCAACAGGUCAACAAUAAACAUGCAUGCGCACCUCAAGCACUUGAGGUGGAAAGGUUAUUGUUAGGGCCCGAGCCAGCUGCAGAGCAGCCGGGCGUAGGCCCUAUUAUUCCCCAAGUGGUUUUUUAGGGCCCGAGCCAGCUGCAGAGCAGCCGGGCGUAGGCCCUAUUAUUCCCCAAGUGGUUUUUCUUUGUUUCUUUCUUUCUUUUUUCUUUUUCCUCCCCUUUGAACUGGAAAAUGGCCCACUUCCCACUGGCGAAAACUCAUGAAAUUUGGCAGGACGACCGGGCCUGGUGAAAAAUUCGAUAUUCUGAAGUCGCCCAAACAAUAAAAUGCAAAAUGGCUCCAUAGCGCCCCCUAAGGUGGAAAUUCACACUAUUGACUGUCACGCCUGUACGCUUUGUCAUAUUGACAUAAAAAUUGACACACAUAUGUAUCUCAAUAAGAUCUACAAAAAAGUCAGUGCGGCCGUAUCUGUCAAAUGUACGGUUAAAGGGUUAUUCCGCAUUUUUUUCCGAUCCGCACACAUUGGAAUUUCGCUAACUCCUCCGAAGGCUUUCGUUCCACCGGCACCACAUUUGCUCAGGCCAAUCUACACCCCGUGGCCUUUAAAAGUUAUCAAAAUCAUGACGCUGCACCCCACGGUUUAGGUUCUAGGGGGCGCCAAAUAUAACCCUAAAAUCCACUUAUUUAAAAGUCUUAUAACUUUUUAUUUUUCUCCUCACUGGCCUCCAAGUUCUCUAGGAUGAUGCAAUGUCCAGCCAUCAACACAUUUGUGAAGGAAUUUUUACUCCCCAAAAGAGCGCCCCCCCAUGGCAGGAGAAAAAAGUCCAUUUUUUCUUGUCCCAUAAGGUGAAAAUACACAUUGUUGACUGUCAUACCUGUACGCUUUGUCAUAUUGACACAAAAUUUGACAAUCACAUGUAUCUCAAUAAGAUCUACGAAAAAGUCAAUGGGCGCAUAUCUGUAAAAUGUACGGUUAAAGGGCUAUUUUGCAUUUUUUUCCGAUUCGCACACAUUGGAAUGUGGCUAACUCCUCCUAAGGCUUUCGUCCCACUGACACCAAAUUUGCUCAGGCCAAUCUACACCCCAUGGCUAUUCAAAGUUGUAAAAAUCAUGACGCUGCACCCCACGGUUUACGUUCUAGGGGGCGCCAAAGAUGACCCAAAAAUCCACAUUCUUAAAAGAAUCCCCCCCCCCCCCCCCCCCCAUCCCCCAUCCCCCAUGGCAGGAGAAACAGUCAAGUUUUUCCUGCCCAUCCCUCAAUGGCUCAAUCGCAUCGCUCUCCCGGCAACACCGUAACGAGGAGCAACUUGCCCUUUGGAUAUAUCCUAGCUGUGUUUGUGGACCCACUCAUGGUCCAGACUUUCUUCAAAUAGGACAUGUAGUUUGUCUGCAGCGAGUGUUUGGUAGAAACUGCGCCUCCCAUUCAUUAUAAUGGGAAAUGACCACAGACAAGUGCGCACACCAUCUUUGGACCUUGAGUGUGACGCGAUCGGGAGGGGGGGGCGGUCGCGCCGGGGGCGGCGCAACGCGGCUCGGGCCCGACAGUGCCCCACCGGGGCCCUAGUCUUUGUUUCUUUCUUUCUUUUUUCUUUUUCCUCCCCUUUGAACUGGAAAAUGGCCCACUUCCCACUGGCGAAAACUCAUGAAAUUUGGCAGGACGACCGGGCCUGGUGAAAAAUUUGAUAUUCUGAAGUCGCCCAAACAAUAAAAUGCAAAAUGGCUCCAUAGCGCCCCCUAAGGUGGAAAUUCACACUAUUGACUGUCACGCCUGUACGCUUUGUCAUAUUGACACAAAAAUUGACACACAUAUGUAUCUCAAUAAGAUCUACAAAAAAGUCAGUGCGGGCGUAUCUGUCAAAAUUACGGUUAAAGGGUUAUUUCGCAUUUUUUGCCGAUCCGCACACAUUGGAAUUUCGCUAACUCCUCCAAAGGCUUUCGUUCCACCAGCACCACAUUUGCUCAGGCCAAUCUACACCCCGUGGCCAUUAAAAGUUAUCAAAAUCAUGACGCUGCACCCCAAGGUUUAGGUUCUAGGGGGCGCCAAAGAUAACACUAAAAUCCACAUAUUUAAAAGUCUUAUAACUUUUUAUUUUUGUCCUCACUGGCCUCCAAGUUUUCUAGGAUGAUGCAAUGUCCAGCCAUCAACACAUUUGUGAAGGAAUUUUUACUCCCCAAAAGAGCGCCCCCCCAUGGCAGGAGAAAAAAGUCAAUUUUUUCUUGUCCCCUAAGGUGAAAAUACACAUUGUUGAGUGUCACGCCUAUACGCUUUGUCAAAAUGACACAAAAAUUGACACACACAUGUAACUCAAUAAGAUCUACAAAAAAGUCCAUGCGCGCGUAUCUGUCAAAUGUACAGUUAAAGGGUUAUUCCGCAUUUUUUGCCGAUACGCACACAUUGGAAUUUCGCUAACUCCUCCGAAGGCUUUCGUUCCACCGGCACCACAUUUGCUCAGGCCAAUCUACACCCCAUGGCCAUUAAAAGUUAUUCAAAUCAUGAUGCUGCACCCCAUGGUUUAGGUUCUAGGGGGCGCCAAAGAUAACCCAAAAAUCCACAUUCUUAAAAGUCUUAUAACUUUUUAUUUUUGUCCUCACUGCCCUCCAAGUUUUCUAGGAUGAUGCAAUGUCCAGCCAUCAACACAUUUGUGAAGGAAUUUUUACUCCCCAAAAGAGCGCCCCCCCAUGGCAGGAGAAAAAAGUCAAUUUUUUCUUGUCCCCUUACAUGAAAAUACACAUUGUUGAGUGUCACGCCUGAACGCUUUGUCAUAUUGACACAAAAAUUGACAAUCAUGUGUAUCUCAAUUAGAUCUACGAAAAAGUCAAAGAGCGCGUAUCUGUAUAAUGUACGGUUAAAGGGCUAUUUCGCAUUUUUUGCCGAUUCGCACACAUUGGAAUGUGGCUAUCUCCUCCUAAGGCUUUCGUCCCACUGAUACCAAAUUUGCUCAGGGCAAUCUACACCCCAUGCCCAUUCAAAGUUGUAAAAAUCAUGACGCUGCACCCCACGGUUUACGUUCUAGGGGGUGCCAAAGAUGACCCAAAAAUCCACAUUCUUAAAAGUCAUUUUGGCCACUGCAGGAGUACAGAGUACUGCAGUUCUAGGGGGCGCCAAAGAUGACCCAAAAAUCCACAUUCUUAAAAGUCUUUUUGGCCACUGCAGGAGUACAGAGUACUGCAGGAUACACACACAUAUACACACACGCCAACACACACACACACACACACACACACACACACACACACACACACUCAGAGUCUGUUUUUUAGCACCUGCAAAAACAUGCUGUUUACAUAUUUGACAAGAAUGCAGAGGCUUCCUUUUGCCCCUGAAAAAAAUCAAAUUUCAAACACAACUUGACUGUUCAUUUCUCCAAAAGACAACCAUGAAGCUCCAUCCAAACCUGAAGCAGAUAGUUGGUGCAUGUGUACAGUAACCUGAGGGGAGUGAGGUGACUAUUUCUGAGGAGAACAUGAGCAGUGAAGAUUCACCUUGGAGCUAGAACAGGGACGUGCACAUGAUUAUACAGGGGCAGGGGCUCAAGUUUUUUCCAGUCAUUUAUACAAUAUGGAAAUUAAUGUGAAAUUAAAAAACAAAGUAUUAAUAGAAAGGUAAUGACUGUCCUGUGUAGGUGACAGUGAUAUCCAAUAGGCUAGGCACUCACGAGGCUGGCUGUGGCAAGUGUAAGUGAAAGCAACACGCACUGGCAGGAAGAACAGCAAACGCCGAUGAAGGAAAGGGUCUUUGCAGUGAUGGGCGUUACCAGAGAGGACGAUGGCCAGAGGACGCGAAUGGGACGGGGAGGCAGCGCGUUGGGGGGGGCAGCGCGACACGGCUCGGGCCCGCCAGUGCCCCAACGGGGCCCUAGUUUGAUUUUGCUUCUUCUGCUUCAUUUGGUUAGGACAUGUAGUGCCUGAGUCAAUAUGAAGUUAAACUUGAGGAUGCUGGUGUAGUGUUAGCUUCAGCUCAACUUCACAUUGACUCAUGGCCUAACCAAAUGACACACUGAAAAGCACAUGAAGUGAAAUUAAACAAUAACCUUUUCACUCAUUUCGUUGCUUGUUUUUUCGCCAUCGUCUCCUGUAUUUUGAUCAUAAAACACUGGCACAUUAUCAUUAUUGGUCCCUGGCAGCUCUUCUGUUGUGGCUUUUUUUAUUUGCAUCCUUUUUUUUUCGCAAUGAGUAACUUUUUUCUUUUCCAUCCAUCCCCACUUUUUUUGCGUGGUUAACUUCCAUUGUGACUUUUUUUUUUUUCAUUCUUUUUUUUAUUUGCAGCAGGGGCAGUUCUCGGCCACCGUACAAAGUGACUGAACUUGACCUAGAUUUGCAUUGUUUAUAAAUUCACAUAUGUCUGCAUCAACCAUACCAGGGAGACAUUAGAAUUAAAAAAUAUUUAUGUUAAAUGAGGACUGAGCAAUUUGGCUGAUUGAAGCUUUGAAAAGGCCACGGCAUUGUCAAGGAGUCCUGGGUUAAUCAUGUAUAGAUGGGAACACAGUGCUAGUCACAUAGUUACAUUUGCUUAAUCAGUGUUAAAUCUCUGCUAAUAUGUUCAUGGAUGGGGACAGAAACUCUCUAACUUCCUUUCCUUCUCUUCUAGCCUCCCUGGGUGAUAUUUCCCGUUUCACCAAAGACUUCACCACCAUGGCUGAUGUGGACUCCUACCUGUCUUUUAACUUCAGCUCCUGCCUCUGCCUCACUGCCGGCAUCCUGCAGAAGUUUCCGCAGAGACCAGGUUUGAAGAGGACUGUGGUGAACGUGUCCUCGAAGUGCGCCGUGCAGCCGUGCUCCUCCUGGGUGCUGUACUGCAGCGGCAAAGCUGCCCGACAUAUGAUGUUCAAGGUGCUGGCACAGGAGGAGCCAGACCUCAGGGUGCUCAACUACUCUCCAGGUCAGGGAGUGAUCAAACUUUCUGUCUGUACUGUUUAAGAUAGUUUGGACUGGGUCUGAGUUUAAAGGGAUAUUCCGGUGCAAAAUUAAUUUAGGGUCAAACACACCGUAACACAGUAACACCGAGUUAGACACCCCCUCGAGAGAUUAAUGAUGCCAACCGCUUGCUUCUCUACUUAUACCAACUUUAGUAACGACCGCAGGAUAGCAAUUCACAGUGGUCUAAACAAACCUGAAACAAAACGCCACUCUAUAGCCAAAAAUAAUGAUCAGAACAGCACCUAACUUCAUCAACAGUACAUAUAGGGUCCCAGUCGUAGCACUAGCCACCAAACAUCUUUUUAACUUUGCCCAAUUUCUUUAGCAAAGAGACUAAACGCAAUUCGCUUACUCUCUUCCAGCAGUCACUUGUUUGUAGCAAGUCCAUUAUGGACUGCUGGGGGGUGACGCAGCUCAAGGAAGAACAUUUAUGAUCAUUUCUUUAUCAUUUCCUUGAAAUAAUAAACAACAUAUUAAUCAUUUUGCACUGCAGACGCGGUAGUUCUUCUGCCUUAGCAUCUAGAUCUGAUUGCAUUUCCAUGAAGAAAUAAUCAUAAAUGUUCUUCCUUGAGCUGUGUCACCCCGCAGCAGUCCGUAAUGGACUGGCCCGAGGUCUUGCUGCAAACAAGCAGCUGCUGGAAGAGAGUAAGCGAAUUGCGUUUAGUCUCUUUGCUAAAGAAAUUAGACAAAGUUAAAAAGAUAUUUGGUGGCUAGUGCUGUGGCUAGGACCCUAUAUGUACUGUUGAUGAAGUUAGGUGCUGUUCUGAGCAUUAUUUGUGGCUAUAGAGUGGCGUUUUGGUUGAGGUUUGUUUAAGAGAAGCAAGCAGUCUGCAACAUUCAUCCCUCGAAGGGGUGUCUAACUUGGUGUUACGGUGUGUUUGACCCUAAAUUAAUUUUACACCGGAAUAUCCCUUUAAAGGAGUCUUCAUUAUAUCUAAUAAAACCAUAACAGUUUUCAAUCACAACAUUUGACACGUUGUCUUUGCAGCAUUUAGGAUCUGAAUGAUUUGAAAACCAUCAAAAUCUGUUUUUCCUUAAUAUUUUACACGAUGCCCCAACUGUUUUGUAAUUGAGAGCUGUAUUUCAUAAUGUAACUUUUGGAAUACGCAGUUACACAGUACACCAUGAAAAGCAUUGUUCAAAGCCUUUAUCUUCACAGUUCAGUCUCCCUGUCAAAGAUUCUUGUGCUGAUUUUUUAGUUUCUAUCACAAAGUUAAAAUCAGAUUUUCAAAUGUGUUGUAGGUCAGAGUCAAGGCAGGACGGUGAGUCCAAAGUCCUCGUACUUUUCAGAGAAACCUGUUUAUCUAAUCUCUGUGUUGUUCCAGGCCCCAUGGACACAGCCAUGCUGGAGGAGGGUCGGCUCAGAACAGGUGACCCCAGUCUGAAGAAGUUUAUCUCUGAUAUGUAUCUUGAGGAGAAGGUGCUCACCUGUGAGGAGUCCUGCGCUAAGAUGAUGAAGCUGCUGCUGGAGGACAAUUACACCUCAGGAGAUCAUAUUGACGUUUUUGAGGUGUAGACUAGGCCUGGCAGGAAAUAUCAAGUCUGACUAAAUGUGCCUUUUUAAAAUCCAAACUCUGCUCGGGACACUUACAAAUUUACAUUUGAGAGUAGCUUACAGUCUAAGCAGCACUCAGCAAAGUGUUUGUGAUCAUAUUUUACUGUUACACAAAGAUUUCUAAAACCAUCCGUCUAUUUUGACUUUAACAGAAACAGUUGAUUUUACAUAUAGUGGGGUCACAAAGUGAGAUUCUGUGACCAUCCUUUGGCAAGGAUGUUUUGACAAUUGAUUUGACCUCUAUGGACCCUUUAGAAAAGAUUUAGCCCCCAGGUCCCUCGCAAAAAUCCCGGCAUUUUUUGCUAGACAGCUAAAUUCAAGAUGGCGGCCAGCGCCAUCUCUAAAAAUUAACUUUUGAUCUGGAUGACCUAGAAUCAUGUAUGAAGGCACUUUCAUUACUAUACUUUCUAUACUUCUAUACUUUCUAUACUAUAUUUUCAUUACUAUACUAUAUACUAAUACUUUCAUUGUGACAUACGUUAUUGACCUGAAACCAAAAUGGAUUAAUAUUCUGAGAACACAUCAUAAAUCCAGGGUUUGGUGUAUACGCUCUUUAGGGUCAAUGUUUAAUUUUGUUAUGUUUAUAAGAUCAGCUCCAAAAAAGAACUGGGACUUACUGUUAAAUCUACUUGCCUUGUGAGACAGCUAACUUUCGGGCAAUCAAAUUGGUUUGUUUCUGCAACAUCAUAAGUCUUUUCUUUCCCACAGAAAAGAUCACUGUAUUUUUAUAAAGUGUCCUGAUCCAGUAAAUCAAACUAUUAAAUCCAAGCAUUAUUUGGUUGUCCAUGGUGGAUGAAGUUCACAUAAUCCUUCUUACAACAGUUGCUGACCGUGAAGCAGAUCAGAAGAUUACCAAAGGUGAUGUAACAUUUGUUUGUUUUUUUUCUGCUGCAGUGGAGGUCGAGCUCUGGGUGGCACAGGAAGAAAUUAACUCAAAUGAAGGAAAAUUUAAUCAAGAAUUAGCUCUACAGAAAAACUUCUGUUGUGUAAUCAAUAUACUCAAAUAUAAAAGAAAGUUUGAUAUCAGUAUUACUGCGCUGCCUGACUUAUCUUACCAGAGGAAUGCUCCUGCUGAUUUAGCUUCUCGUUGUGUGACUUCAUGGACUAAAAAGUAAAGAUAAAGAACUAAUUAUUGAUUAAACACACACCAGAGAGGCCUCAGAAAAAUGUGUCAGAUGUAAUGAAAGCUUUAUAAUUCUUAUGUCGUACGAAGGACCCAGUAAUACUCUCAAUAACUGUUCAAAUUUAGAUCAUACUCUGAUGGUUCUGUUCAACUGGGCACCACAUACAGCAUUUUCUGUCAUGGCAUUUUAUUUUAUUUUCUAAAUGUUUUCUUACAAUCUUUAAGGUCUGCUUUAAAAUGUCAUCCGCUGCUGGGAUUAGGAUCAAUCCAGGUCUCAUCUUAAAGCCUCCUCAGUACCUACAUGCAGUUUAAACAUAACUGCAUCCUCACACAUCCAUGAAAUCUGUAAUCAGGACAGAGUGUUUUACUCCACUGUUUCACUGAUAUGAA